UGAGACUGCCAACCACAAUUCCAAAAUGCGUCGGCACAACCCAUGUGUCAACUCAUAGCGCAAUUGCACGUAUAUUCCUUACUUUUCCCAACACUAUAAUCAACAGCUAUGGAGUUUGCCAAGUCGGCAUUUCUUCCUCAUCCCGGUGGACCAACACUGCCACCACCGCAUCGACGCCGUGUAAACCACCACGAUGCACAACCAGUUGUUAGUGUUCGCCAAAUUAUUGCUAUGGGCCUUCAAUUUCUUGAUCAGUUUAGCUGCAAUGGGAGCUAUACCCACUACUCUUGAAGGCCCUUUCGAGCCCAAAACUCGUCGUUUUGAUCCGUCGAUGCGGCGUGGCAGCAUUGAUUUGCCAAUGCAUGAUCCAAGAGUAAGGAGAAAUGUAACUGGGAAUUUCCCAGAACAAAUUUCACUUGCACUUUCUUCACAUACUUCAAUGUGGGUCUCUUGGGUUACUGGGGAAGCUCAGAUUGGUACUAAUGUGACAGAAUUAGACCCAUCAAGUGUUGGCAGUGAAGUUUGGUGUGGGAAAGAGAGUGGGAAUUAUACAAUUACGAAAAUUGGGGUUUCUACGGUUUACAGCCAGUUGUACCCUUAUGAAGGCCUCUUGAAUUAUACUUCUGGCAUCAUUCAUCAUGUUAGACUUGAAGGUCUUGAACCUGGAACAAGAUACUAUUACAAGUGUGGGGAUACUUCCACCCCUGCAAUGAGUGUGGAGCAUACCUUUGAAACUCUACCUUUACCUGGACCUAAUGCUUAUCCUCGACGUAUAGCUGUCAUUGGAGAUUUGGGUCUGACUCACAAUUCUACGACAACUAUUAAUCAUGUUACUCUGAAUGAUCCAUCACUAAUACUGAUGGUUGGUGACUUGACUUAUGCAAAUCAGUAUCGCACAACUGGUGGGGAAGGAGCUUCAUGCUUUUCCUGUGCAUUUCCUGAAGCACCCAUCAGAGAGUCAUAUCAACCGAGGUGGGAUGGCUGGGGAAGGUUUAUGGAGCCUCUGAUAUCUAAAGUCCCAAUGAUGGUUAUUCAAGGCAAUCAUGAGAUAGAGCCUCAAGCUGCCGGGGUAACAUUUAAAUCAUAUCUCACAAGGUUUGCUGUCCCUUCAGAGGAAAGUGGCUCAAAAUCUAAUUUCUACUAUUCUUUUGACGCUGGAGGUAUACAUGUCAUCAUGUUGGGAGCUUAUGAGGACUACGAUACGACAAGUGCUCAGUAUGCUUGGCUUGUGAAGGACCUAGAAAAAGUCAACCGGGAUGUAACUCCUUGGUUGGUUGCUGCAUGGCAUCCUCCUUGGUAUAACAGCUAUUCAUCGCACUAUCAGGAAUUUGAGUGCAUGAGACAAGAAUUGGAAGCACUCCUCUACCAGUAUGGAGUUGACAUUGUUUUUUCUGGUCAUGUUCAUGCAUAUGAGCGGAUGAAUCGUGUUUAUAAUUACACAUUGAACCCAUGUGGUUCUGUUUACAUUACAGUUGGAGACGGUGGGAAUAUCGAAAAAGUUGAUGUUGAUCAUGCUGAUGACUCAGGGAAGUGUCCAAAGCCUAUGGACAAUGUGCCUGAAAUUGGACCUGUGUGCCACUUAAAUUUUACUUCAGGUCCUGCUAAAGGAAAGUUUUGCUGGGAUAGACAGCCUGAGUGGAGUGCAUUCAGGGAGAGCAGCUUUGGACAUGGAAUACUUGAGGUUUUGAAUUCUACACAUGCAUUGUGGACUUGGCACAGGAAUCAGGAUGUCUUCAGAGAUGAUGUACGAGGUGAUCGAUUAUAUAUUGUCCGGCAGCCAGAGUUGUGCACCCCUGUUGGACAAGUAAUUCCUUAAGGCUAGGCUCAUACUGUAUAUGGAAGAGAUGGCUAUCUAUCUAUUUGUGUUUACCAUUCACCAAUUUCUGAGGGGUCUUGAAGCAUGUUAACUGUUAAGGCCCUUGAUAUUCAAAAAAGACAACUGCACAAACUAAGCUCUUCUUUGGAAUCCGAGGCAAGUUCCCAGUGUUUGGUUUUGAAUAUUGCAGAAGCAUAUGGGAAGUGGAAGGAAAGACCCUUUUAUAAAAGUUUCACUUUUAUUUCCUCCCGAAAUUGGAGGAAUUUGAAAGGAGAAAAGUAAAAUCAGUCAAAAUUUAUUCUGUGUUUUAUUUAUUUAUUAAUUAUUUAUUACUUUUUAUAGAUGCAAGUUAGGAAUGAUGUAUUAAAAAUCAAAGUUUUACAAAAAGAUAGCCCCUCUAUGGAGAUCUAUAUUCCAAGAUAACAUCCAAAACACAGUCGGGAACACGAUCAAAAGUGUCUAAAUCAUAGUUGACUGUUACAUUAGUUGUACAAA